AUGUUUAGCAUUAAUAAUUAACGACUAUCGAAUAUUCAAAAAAGUGGACUUGAUGUUGGAUAAGUGGAAGAUUAGAAAGUACUUGAAAAUAAUUAUAAAGAUAUUAAGAUAUAUCCAAAUCUCUUAAAUGACUAGCACUCAAGAAUUGAAACAACCAAUUAAAAUAAAUCUAUUUAAAUCUAACAACCUUAAAUAGAUAAUAGAUUAUCCAAAGAAAGUGAAAUAUCAAAAAAUUUAAAUAGCAAUUUAAACAUUAACCUACAAAGCAAUAUUUAGUAAAAUCAAAAUAAGAUGACUAUAUACUUGCAAACUCCUAAUAACGAAUCUUAUUUAAAUUUAAAAAGUACUAAAGUUCAAUUAAUAAAUUCAACUAAAAAAACAGAGUUAAAGUUAGCAAAUCACUACUAAGAAGAUGCGAAUCAUCCUCUGCUUCGAAAUUGGAAAAAGGAAAAUGUAGAACAAAAAUUGUAUCUGUAUUCUUAAAAGUAGCUUUCAGAAAUAUAACAGUUGAAUUAAAAUGAGUUUUUACUUAUUUUUGAGAAUGAUUAAGGUUCUAAAAAACUAUAAUUCACUUUACCAUAAGAUUCUGAUGUGUUCUUUAUUGAUUCAAGUACUUUGGAAGAUAAGCUCAAUCAAGAUGAUAAAGCCUAUAAUAAGUAAAUUAACAGUGAGUGUUUAACUGAAUUUGCUCUUUAGUUACUUUUAAAAGAUAGUUUUGUCAAAUUUAUAAAAUUCUGUAAUUAAUUUGACACAAAGUUUAACAGAGGAAAAUUUGUAAACUAGCUUAUUUCAUUUGGAUUUAAAGAUGCCAAUCAAGAGUUUGACCUAAAAACAUUUUUGAUCUUCCUGUUUGCGUAGUCUGUUAAUAAAGAACUAUCUAUAAUUACUCCAAGAAUUAAAAUUUAUGAUAUCUUCAUAAAUCUAUAUAAAGAUGAAAGUGAUAGGAAAAGAAUAUCUUAAGCUUCUGAUUAAUUAAAUAACUGUAAAGACUGGCAUGCUAUCAAGAAACUUAUUGAAGAAGUUUUUUUAAAUGAUGCCACUUUUGAACAGUCUAAAGACUAUUAUAAGAUAAAAAACACAUUUAAUUUAAAUAUAUGCGCUAAAGCUAUUUUUAUGUCAAAGAUUAAAACAGAAUUCGAACCCAAUUUGAAUGAAAUAUUUAAUUAAGAAUACAUGGAUGAUAGUGGAAUGACUACUGAAGAUUAUCGCGAGUUGUUCAUUGGAUAAACUUUUUAAAUAAAAAAUGAAAACGCUCUCUAAUAUUUAGAAUAAAACAUUUCCUUAAUUAAUUUCUUAUUUGAAAAAACAUAAAAAUUUGAUAUAAAGGCAUACGAAAAUGUAAAAAAGACAGUUUAUUCAGUAGUUAUAAAGUAUUUUAAUAACAAAGAUUUGAUUGAAACUUAAAAAUUAUUGAGGAGCAAAAAAUAGAUAUUUGAAAAAUUGCAUAUUGAAUCUGAUUAUUUUUUAAAAUAAUUAAAAUUUAAUGAAAAAUUAUUAGAAAUAAAUUUAGAGGAUAUAAAAUAAGAAGACAUUUAAAUCUUUGACUCUAUAUUAAAUAGUUAAAAUAAUAAUUUAGAUGUGCUUUUACAAAUUUUGUCAAGGAUUAAAGUAUUAAACUUGGAUGAAAAAUCAACAAUGAAUAAAAUUUUUGAAACUUUAAACAAAAAGAUAGUGCAUUAAAUGUAGUAAAUAAAUUAGGGUUAAGAUUAACAAUAAAAAAUGGGGUAACUCAAGCAAAUCUUGUACAAAAUAUUUAUUAAUAAUUGGAAUAAUUUAGAAAACUCUCAAAAAAUUAAGUAAUCUAUCAAAUUUGAAGUUUGUAGAUAUGACUUUUAGCGCCAAUACAAACAGUAGCUAGUAGAAGAAGAAAAAAGUUUAUUCACUUUUUUCAUAUAAAACUAAGACAUAAUUUAAAACAUUUUAGAAAUUGAUAGCUCAAUAUAGAAAGAAUUAGAGUUACCAUAAGAUGUAAAAAGUAAAUUAAUAGAGAAAAUGUAUGAAAUUUUAUUAGAAAAAAUAUACAAAAUUGAAGAUAAUUAGGAGUUUUGUAAAUUUUUAAAAAACAUGGGUGAUGAUAGUAUCAAGCAAAAAGUAUUUGAAAAGAAUAGUAAUCUAGUAAUAAAAUCUUUGUAAGAUAAAGCACACUAACUAAUUUAAAAGGGAUAAAUUAAGUAGAUGGAAGAAUGGAACAUUUAAUAUAUUUUAGAAUAAAAAGUAUUUGAGCUACUUUUUUCAGUAUUAAUAAAUAAAAAAGAUUUCAACAAAUCGGAGAUAUUCUCAAUAAUAAAAUAAAUAAUUUCUAAAAAUGAAAAUUUAUAGGGUACAACAUGGAAAGAUUAUAAGAAAAUAAAUGAAAAAAAAGAUAUAUUUAAAAAGUUUAUCGAAUUUUGUGGUAUAAAAAAAACAAAUGGCUUUGAGGUAUUUGAGACUUUCUAUAAUCAGUAUAGUAAAUUAAAAUGUUUUAUAUAACUUAUGAAAAAUCUAAAUGUUACUGAUAUAGAUGAUUAAAAAUAAUUAUUAGAUAGCGUAGACAAAGACGAAAAUUAAGAAGUAAAAGCUAUUUAAGAAAAAUUCAAUAAAAUUAUAGAUGAAAAUAAUUCAUUAAUUGGUACUUCCUAAUAUUUAGUAGACCUCAAAUUAUUUGACUAAAUUUCUAACACUUAUUCAAUAAAAAAUUAAACUAUUGAUGAGACUAUGAAUUAAAUAAAUAGCUUUGCUCUUCCAUUUUUAGAGAGCAUAUAUCGAUAUUUACUAGAGCAAGAAUUUCCAGAUCUAGUAUAAGAUUUUUAAAAUGAAGAAAUUGAAUAAUUUAAAAAUGAUAAAGAUGUUUAAACAAGAAACUGUUAUUAAUUCCUAAAUACACAUUUUAAAGAUCAUUUUAGUCUAAAUAAAGAAAUUUUAUUCUAAGAAUAUGAAAACUUAAGUAUGAUUUGUGAAUAAAAGUUUUAAAAAAAAAUUUCUUCUACUUUUUUUAUUUAAUUUAUUUAGUAGGGAUAUCAUAAAAUUAUUGAUUAUGAGCUGCUAACUCAAAUAUAAAAAACUGCUAAAAAUUUAAAAAUGGUUUUUCCUCCUAAUUAUUAAAAAUAAUUAGAAAGUUUAUAAAUACUUAUUUCUUCUUAGGAUCUCUCAAAAAAGUAAUUUUUUGAAGGUACUCAAUAAAUAUAAGUAUAUUUAGAUACUUAUAUAAAUGAGACAGUGUAAAAUUGUGAAAAUCGUUAAGUAGAUAGAAAAUUUUUAAAAGAUUAAAUUAUUCCAUUUAUCUCACCUAUUUUCAAUGUAAUGGAUUUACACUCUAACUUUAAGAAUGAGGUUGAUUUAUAGGAGCUAUUAUUCGAUGAUGACAAUGAUCUAGCUAAUAGAAUAUAACAUUAUAUUUAGAUUAAAAAAUAUCUUGAAGAAUUUAAUAAAUCUUUAAACAGUAACAUAUUUGUUUACAUCCAAUAGAUUAUACUAUUCUUUUACAAAGAUGAAAAAUGUAAAGAAAUCAGAUAGAAAAUAGAAGAUAUAAGCAAAUUUAAAGACUAUAUAUAGUAAAAAUUUAUGGAAUUAGGAAAAUCUCAAGCAUAGAAUUCUGUAAAAGUACUUUAGAUGUUUAUGUAAUUUGCAUUAAUUCAUAUAAAUGUAAAUGAUGCUUAUCUUGAGAAAAAUUAAUCCUAAAAAGUUAAUAAACAAGAUAGAUCUUAAGCUUAUAGCUAUUAAUAGUAAGGAGAUGAAAGAAAUUACAAAGUUACAUACAAAACACAAAAAAAAGUUAACAAUAAAGAGAAAACUGAAGAGUAUAAUGAAGAGCAAAUAUUUUAAAUAAUAUAAAGAUUAAAUAUUAUUAGUGGAUAGUAAUUAGAUGAAGCAUAUAAAUCAGAGACAGAAAAAGAACAGUUUAAAGAAAACAGAAAAAGAUUGGAAGAAAUUUAUACUCUAAUCUAAAAAAACUUGAUUUAGAUUUUAGAGAAAUAUAUUUAGUAUGGAUAUCUUGAUGGAUUUAUAAAAGAAAUAGAUAUAUUAAUAGACGAUAAGUAAAGUAAUAUAGAAUCAGUCAUUAAAAAUAUAGAAAAUAUAGUUGAAGAGAAAGAGAAUUAAAUAUAAGAAUGGAAAUUAGUAAUUGAAGAAGCUUAAAAAUAAUAUCCAUUCUUGAAAUUAAUAAUUCCAUAGUGUUAUCCUGAUAUAUUAAGAUAUUUUUAGAAACUAUUAAAUGUUAAUGCCAACUAAAAUAGUUCAGAUACAAUUAAAAACAGUAUAAAAAUAAAACACCAAUAAUUUGGGUAGUCUAAUUCUAUGUUAUAAUUUAAUGUUGAAGAAAUGAUUACCUUUUAUCACAUGAAUACAGAAAGCUUAGCUAAAGAACUUCUUAAAAAUAAAGAUUAAAUUAGAUUAAAUACCAUUAAUGAAAAAAUUUCCUUAUUAGGUUAGUAUUUAAAUAAAUAAUUUUAAUAAGAAAAAAAAGUAUUAAAAAUUUCAGAUAAAACUUUUCGAAAGAAUUAAUACGAUAAGCUAGAGGCUAGCAAGAUUUAGUGUGAAAGUUAUGGCGAUUUGUGUAAAUAACUACUUCUCUUCUUUGGAGAUAAAAACAAAUAACCCGAUAAAUUAUAAUUUUUCUUCGCAAACUAGCAGACAACUGAGAUGGAUAUAGAAGCAUUUCUAAACAGAGUCAUAUACUUUGAGAUGGAAAAUGAAUCGAGACACUUUUUUAUUAUUGAUUUUAAGAAGUUAAAAUAUCAAGUUUAAAAAUUUGCAACAGAACAAAUAGAUAAAUAUAUGAAUACAGAAGAUAAAUAGUUUUAAACUAAAAAUAAAUUAAUUAUUUUGUAUUUAUUUAAUCAAAAUAAUGAAUACUCUAAUGAUUAAGAUGAUGAAACUACAGAGGAUUGCAUCAGGAUACCUCUUACUGAAGAAUAUAAACGAAAGACUCCAUAAUAUUAAAAUUAAAAUAUCCAUUUGUUUAAAUCACAUUAAGCAGGUGUUGGUAAAACAUUUCAGAUAUAAAAAUAAAUCGAAUUAACAAAUUAACUCCUUAUAAAUAUUCCAGCUCAUUAAUUCUAAAAUAUCGAUAAUCUCCUUAAGAUUUUGAGAAGUAAGAGAAAAUAAAUAUAAAAUUAACAGUAAAUUCAUGGAAUACAUAUUGAAAUAAUAUAUGAUUAAUAGGAUAAAAUAAGUUUACUAUUAUUUCAAAUUUUGGUGUUGAAGUGCAUCUCAUUCAACUAGAAUAAAUUUUUCAACUUUUCAUCUUAGUCUCAUUUUUAUGUUGAAUAAUCGAAUUAUUAUGGAAUAAAAUAUGCUAAUAUACUAACUCACAUAUAAUCAAUUUAAUCUAAUACAAUUUAUUUCAAUUUAUCAUAAUUGUCUGUUUCAAACUAAUUCACAUCAGAUGAUUAAACAAUGCUCAGAUAUUUAAAUGGUUUAAAAUAAGGGGCGUAAUAUUUGAUGGAUAAAGACUUUGUAAGAUUUGAGGCUUUCCCAAAUUAAAAAGUUGAAAAUAAAAAAAUAUUUACAGAUACCGAAGCGAUUUAAUUAAUAUAGCUUUUCUUUAAUAAAUACAUGGAAGAAUAUAAAAUAAAAUAGAAUUUAACUUAUUAGCAUAUAGUAAUGUUCAAAUAAUAAUUUGUUACUCAAAUAAAAGAAAUGGAGUAAGAUCCAAAUUAUACGAGCUAUUAAAUAAAAGAAUUAAUGAAUAAUGCCUCUCCAGAAUAAAUAGAAAAUAUAAAAUAAUUAAGGUAUAACAUCAUUAAUAUUUUCUUAGAAUAAUCCCUUAAAAAUACAUUUCUUAAUUCAUCAAAUUAAAAUUAAAGUUAAAAUUCAAAAAAUUACUAUGAAACUUACAUGAAAGAAUUAUACGAAAAAAUUAGCAAUGAAAUAAAUAUUUAACCAAAAACUUCAAAAUAUAAUUGGAAUUAUAAGUAAUACCAGACUGAAGGUACAAAUACAAUCAGUACACAUUAGAAUAUUUAAAAAUAAAAUUAGUAGAAUCGUGAUUCAUCAACUUCUUUGUUAACUUGCUUGAAUAGACUAUUUAGUUGCUUCAAAAAUACCUCUUCUUAAAAGUAUUUUACUUCACCUAGUUUACAAUAAAGUGAGAUGAAAUAUUUGAUUAAAGCAUAAACCAGUGAUCAUAAAGAUAAUAAUAAAGUUGCUUCUUAAAUUGAAAUUGAAAAUCUGAAGCUUUCAGACGAUGAAGAGAGAAUACAAUAGAUGAAUACCAUACUCUAGUAUGAUCAAGCUAUAAAGAACUUAAUAUUCUUCAUUAAUGGUAGUAUAAUAGCUGCGAUAUUUAAAGAUGACAGAGAAGAUUAAAUAAUACUUAAAUUAGAAUAAUUGAUGAGAACUUUUAUAUCAUAGGUUAACAGAAUAUCUAAUAUUAAGAUAAAUAUUGAUGAAGAGCUUUAACUAAGAAUUCCACAUAUCGGAUAAACGGAAGAUGAAUAUACUCUUCUCAGAACACUUGUUUAUAUAUGUUCUAGAAAUCCUAGUAAAUUUAUAGAUGAGAAAUCUUAACAACAAAAACCUGAAUUAAGCAGAAUUUUAUAAGAAAGAGCUUUUACAAAAGAUAAUACUUGCAAAUUAAUAUAAAUAGCAUUCAAAAUAUACUCAGGCGUGCCUUUAGUAAUUAUGGGAGAGACUGGAAUAGGAAAAACUGUAAAUAUUUAAAUUUUAACUGAAAUUAUGGGGUUUAGUUUCGAAGUACUGAGAUUAUCUGCUGGAACUACUGUAGAUUAAAUAAUUAAAUUUAUGAAAGACAUUAAAAAGAAGUAUCACGAUAAUUCAAAAGUAGUCAUAUUUUUUGAUGAAAUAAACACUAACCAAAAUAUUUAUGGACUACUCAAGGAGAUUUUUUUUGAUAAAUCUGUUAAUGGUAAAAAAAUAUUUAAAAAUAACCAAAAUCUUGUUUGUAUUGCUGCUUGCAAUCCUUAUGAGUACGUAUUAAAAAAGAAUCAAAAUGGUUUUGAAGCAGGGUAUUUAACAAGGAUUUAAUUGGAAAAAACUAAAAAAGCUAAUCUUACAUAUCAUGUUUACCCUUUGCCAGAAAGUAUGCUACCUUUUGUGGUAAAUUAUGGUUAAUUAGAAGAAAAAGUGGAAGAGAAAAAUAUUUAUUAAAUGCUCAAAAAAAUCAACUUUAGAAGUAAGUACACCAGCUAAUCAAAUUAAUUAGAUGUUAAUAUGAAGAAAAACUUUGAUAAUACAGUAAACAUUUUCUCUGAAGAAGAACUUAGUUGUAUAUAAUAAUUAAUAAUGGCAUCUUAGCAAUAUAUUCGCUGUCAAUAGGGUACUUCUAGAAGUGCUAGCUUAAGAGAUAUAAGCAGAACAAUAAAAUUCAUUGAGUAUUUUAUGAAAGUUUACUUUUUGAAAAGGGGAGAUACUAAUACUCAAACACAAAAAUAAAAAUCUUGUAUACUUGCUCUCUACCUCUGCUAUUAGAUAAGGCUAAAUUCACAAAAAUAGAGAGAAGAAUACCAAAAAGUGAUUUAGUAUAUUCAAAGCAAAUAUGAAUUUUUUAACAAAAUCAACAAUCCUCUAUUUUUUGAUAAAACUAUAAACGAAGAAUUGGAUUUCUUUAUUAAUCAAUUAAAAAUUGAUUCAAAACUAAUUUCAAAAAAUAGGGCUUUAAAAGAAAAUUGUUUUUGUAUAGCUUUAUGCAUAUUAACUAAAACUCCUCUUUUUAUUACAGGAGAACCUGGAACAUCAAAAACAUUAAGUUUUACAUUGGUUAUAAAUUCUUUUAAAGGAAUUUCCUCCUCUUCAUAAUUUUUAUAAGGAUUUCCAUCUAUCAAAGAGUUCUACAUUUAAGGAAAUCUUUAAACAUAAUCUGAGGAAAUUAGAUAAGCAUUUUAGUAAGCUAAGCAAGUCAAGACAGAAGGAAUCUUACCAGUUGUAUUCUUUGAUGAAGCUGGUUAAGCUGAAUUGAGCGAAAAUAACCCAAAUAAAGUUUUGCAUGAGCUUCUUGAUGAAGGGGAUGUGAGUUUCAUAGCAAGUUCAAAUUAUAGCUUAGAUUAUGCUAAAUAAAAUAGAUGUUUACAUUUAUAAAGAAACAAGAAUAACCUUGAAGAUCUGAAAGAAUUUGUAAAUUAGUUAGUUUGUUCAAACACUAGCUUGAAAACUGUUUUAAAAGAAUUUUGCCAAAUUUAUUUCAAUUUUCAUGGCAAGUUAAAGAAUUACAUUCACAAUUCAAGAGAUUUCUAUUUUACAAUCAAAUAUUGUGUUUCUAUGUUUAAUAAAAAUCCAUCAAUUUUCUAAGAAGAAAAAGAUCUAGUCAACUUACUUUACAGGGCUAUGAUUAAAAAUUUUAGCGGUUACGAUUAAAACACAAACCUAAUAAUAGAAGAAUUUAAAAAAAUUUUUUAGAAAUAUAAAGAUGAUAUUUAAUAAGUAAAUACUCUAGAAAUAAUUGAGGAGUGCUUUAAACCAAUAUGUGAAGAUUUUGUUUAUCACUCAAGAUUCCCAAUGCUAAUAACUGAUAACACAGAUUAAGGAAUUUAAUUUGCAAAGUUGUAGUUAGAGAAAAAUAAACUUUAGUCACAGGUUAAAGCUGGUAGUCAUUUCAAAAAAGAUUAUUAUGAAGAUAAAACAAGAGAAAUAAGCUCUAUCAAUGCAAGCAUAGAAUAAAAUUACAGUAUCAUUUCUGUUAAUUAAGAUUACAUCUAUGCUGUUUACUAUGAUUUCUUUACUAUGAAUUUUUCUAGAAUUGGGGAUAAAUAAAAAUUUAGAUUAAAUUAUAAAUAAAUUUAGACUAGAAUUGAAGUCCCAUAGAAUUAUCUCUUUAUAAUGAUUGUCACAAAAGAUUAAUAUAUGAAAAUGGAUCUUGCACUUUUAAAUAGAUUUGAGAAGCAUGUUUUCUCUGAAAAACUGAUAUUCUAAAAAUAAUAAAAAGCCAUUAUUGAUAAUAUAAUGAAUGAGUUCAAAAUUAUCAAAUAGCCAUUUUAGAAGGAUAAAAACUUUUUGAGUUUUAUAAAAAAAUCUUAUAUUUUUGGUAUGAUCUAAGCUGAGUGCAAAAAACUUGAGGAAUCACAAUAUAAUUUAGUAGAGGAAUUUUAUCAAAAAGAUUAUUUAUUAGAGAAAUGUAAAGAUUUGAUUGGUAAUUUAUCAAAAAAAUAUGAUAUUAUUAGACUGAGAAACAAAGAUACCAUAGACUACUUUAAUGCUUGGAAUUAAAAAAUAUAUUUAGAUAACUUGAUUGAGUUCAUCAAAUUUGAAAAAAAUAAAUAAAAGAAAGACUUUCAUUCAAUAAUUUAUACAAAUUCUUAUCUUUAUAGCAAUUAUAAAGUAUUACUAAAAGAAAUUGGCUUUGAAACUUUACUUAUUGACUUAAGUUUAAUAAAACAAAAAUUUGUAUUUUAAUAACAAACAGAAGAUUACUACUAAGGAAAUUAUAAUUUAAUGAUAAUUAAAAUAUCUUGUUUAGAAGAAAAUCCUUAAAAUAUUUAUUAUGUUAGAUCUUUUAUAAAUGAAUGCAGAUAAAAGUAUUAGAAUAUCAAGCAAAAAAGCAUAAUCAUCAUAAUUUAAUAUUCAAACAGUUAGCAUUAUAGAUUACCUUUUUGCUUAGAAUGGGAGUAAUAUCAAAUCGAUAACUUGUUGCCUUAUGCUUAUACGCAGUCAUCUUUAUAAAAGUCCUCUGAAAUUUAAGAAAUUAAUUAGAUUUUAAAUUAUAGAAAUAUUCAUGGCAAAAACGAAAGAUAAAUCUUAGAAAAUAAGAAAAUAUUUAGCUAUUUUACUUAAAUGCAUGGUUUUUGUUCCAAAUUAAUUUAAAGAAUGACUUUUAGGUUUGAGCCAGAUAAAGAAUAAUUUUAUUAAUAUUACGAGAGUAUAAGAGAGAUAUUAGAGAAACAUUUUUAGGGAUAGAAUUCUUUUGUUUAUAACCAUUUUUAUGACUAUUUUGUUUAAUAUUUGAAACAGAACAGCGAUUAAGAUGAUGUAUGGUCAUAUAAAUUCGACUUGAUUAAAGGUUUAAAUUAUGAAAAGUAAAUGAUUAACUACUUGAAAAAUAAAGUUGAGAGUGUUUUAUUAAUAAUAUUUUCUAAAUAUGAAGAUUAAAACUUACUGACAAACUUCCACAAAAUUUAGAAAUUACCUCAUCAAAAGCAAAAUCUAUACAUGGGUAUAUUUUAAAAAUACAUAAAUUAAACUAUUUAAAUAUCAGAUGGCUCAGAAAUUAAACGUAUUCCAUACAUCGAACUUAAAUUUAUAUUCUCAAAUAUUAUUUACAAUAAAAUAGAAUAAACAAAAAAAAUUUAUGAAUCUAACGAUACAAAUUAGGUAUAUUAAAAUCAUUUUUCUGAAGAAGUUAAGAUUUUUAAAGAUAUCUUGAAUUUUGAUAAUUUAAAUGACUAUAUAGAAGAUUAUUUAUUUUACAGAGAUAUUAAACUAGAUAUUAAUAAUAAUAAAAUUUAAUAUUAUGCGAUAUUUUGUGAUAAAUUACUAAAAUAGUUGAAUUAAAAGAAAUUCUUUAAAGAAUACUACAAUAUUCAUGAACUUUUUUGGAAUAAUGAAAAGAUUCUCACCGAAAUAUUAGAUCUAAUUUAUAUUUUUAAUUGUCCCCAAAAAACUACUGACUUGGCAUAAUUUUUAGUAGAUAAAGAGGUUUUUGUAAACAAAAAAGACAUAUUAGAGAAUGUUUCAGAGUAUUAUUAUCUUGUACUAUAAAAAAUGCAAAAUGUACAAAUCUAAUAAAUUGAGCAUUUCAUUAGAAUAUUUCCUUUACAGAAAUCUGCUUAGAGAUUUUAAAUCAUAAGCUAAUGUUAUAAGUCUUACGGAAAUCUGAUAAAUAUAAAGGAAAUUUCAAAAAUUUUAAAAGAAGGCUAUGAAAAUGAUACAUUUGAAAAUAAAAACUUCAAUUAAAAUGAAAUUAGUUUAUUUUUGGUAUCGUUAGGUGAUAACAAUAAUAUUAAUUAAAUAGAUAAAUAAUAUUUACAAUUAUAUUUACUGAAGCUUAUAUUCAAUGAAGAUUCAAGUUUCUUAAAGAAAAUAUAGAGCAAUGAGGUAUAAAAGAGACCUCAGUUCCUAUUUAUUGACGGCUUUAAAAAAGUGCUUUAGUCAAAUAGUUUUGAUCCUUAUGAAUUUCCAUGGUGCAAAGAAAAUUAUAUAAAAAAGCUAGAUGAAUUGGAGUAAAAUAAAUAAAACUUUUUAGUACUUGCAACAUUAAAAAUGAUGAAAUAGGAAAUCAGAGAUAGUCUCUUUAAUGAAUAAUAAAUUUAGAUUUACAAUAAAACUCAAAAUCUAAAAAAUUAAUCUAGUCUAGUUAAAUUUAUUAUUUAUUUAGCUUCAACUGUGAUGGAUCAAAACGACUAAAUAAAUUAAUUUAGAUAAUUCAUUGGUCCAUAAUCAAGUUAAUUUAUAUAAAAAAUUUACAUUCCUUUCAAUAGCUUGACUAAACAAUAAAUUUAAGCUAUUGAAAUAAAAAAUGUGUUAGAUUCUGUUAAAGAUAAAACAAAGGUCUAUUAAUGCACCUGUGGUUUUGUUUAUGCAGUAGGUAAUUGUGGCAAGAAUAUGGUUACAGUAAAGUGUAAUAGCUGCAAUAAAAAUAUUGGAGGUGCUAAUCAUAUUAAUAUUAAUUAAGAAUAUUAAUAAUAAAAUAUUUAAGAAUAGAUAGGAUUUAUUCACGAGUUUAUUGAAGAUAAAUAUUUUGCUCCAAGAUAAAUAGAUCCUUUGGCUUUUAGAUUUGGAAAUUUGGUUAUUUAUUGCUUAAUGUUUAUAUCCUCAAAUAAAAACUAGUAGGAUGAAAAGAAUUACAUUGAAAAAAUGACCAACUAGUGGAAAAUAAUAAAAGAAUUUUUAAAAUUAACUGAUGAAUAAUUACUGGUCAUAGCUGUUUAGCUUCUUUAAUAGUUAUUGAAUAUAAAAUAAAAUGAUUUUACUAUUUUGAAUAAUAGAAACUAAUUUGAAUAGGAAUUUAGUUUAUUUUGUAAAAAUUUCCCAUCUUAAAUCAAAUAGAUAUUAGAAGAAUUUGAUAAACAUUCAAAAGCUCAUUUCGAAUAAGAAUAAAAAUAUCAAUUGUUUUAAUCUUUAAUAAGAGAUAAAGUCAAAACAGUUUUAUUUUAUAAUACUCUAUAGUAUUAUUAAAUACCUUAAUUUAAUGAGUUAGAAGGCCAGUAUCUUAAAAGAGAUUACAAAUAUAGAUUUAUUAUCUAGAAUAAAGAUAAUAUUUCUAAAAUUAAAUAUAUUUAUCCAUUGAUAUACUUUUACAAAAAAAUACAUUAAUUUUAUUCUAAAAAAUUGACUGAGAAAAUCUCAGAAUCAUACACUUUAUAGAAAAUUGUUGAAAAUAAACCAUAUUUACUGAAGUACUAUGAUGAAAAUGUUAAGGAGUGCUGGAAUAAGCUAUGUGAAUUUUAUCCUUAAAUGUAAAUUGGAUGUAAAGUUUAACCAACACAAAAGCUCGAAACGGCAGAUUAAGUACCUUUAGGAAAUUUUUUAAUAAUUAAAAAGGAAAAUGAAACAUAAGCAAGUGGAGGCGAUUAACUUCAUUUUUUUAUUACAGAAAUAACAUCACUUUAAAAUAAUGUUUUAAAUGAGAUUAAAAACUUGAAAACAUAACCUAAAGAAAUUUUUGAGUUAUAUGACGAUGAUAUGAUUACAAUUUCACAAAACUUUAACACAUAAAAUUUAAUUUAUUUUGAGAAUUUACAGUUGGAAAUAGGCUAACAAAAUAAAAAUAUGAAUACAAAAUUAUUAAAAAAUUAUUAUAUUUUUGAUUAGCUUUUAAAUAAGAGUUUAAUUAAGGAAUUCUAAGAUUCAAACUACUUUGAAAUAAAAAAAGAUACAAAAAAUUUAGGAAUCAUAUAUAGUAAUAAUAUUUUAUAAGGUAUUGAUGUAUAAAAAAUUAAAAGACUAAAUCCUAAAACGAAAGAAAAAUUCUUAAAGCAAUGCCUAUAGCAAGAAUAGAAAUUUGAAAUUAGGGAAUAGCUUUUCUUACUUCAUGAUCUUAUGAAAAAAAUGCCCUAACAAAAAAUUGAACCAUUUUUAAAAAAUAACUUAUAUAUUGAGCUAGAGAAAAAUGGAUUUAUUGAAGAUGAAUCAUAUUUUAAGGAAUGCCUAAGAUAUUUCGAGGUUUGUGAAUUAUUUGAUUUGCUUGUUAUACUAGAAACUGAAUUAAUGGAUGAUCUUGUUUAGAAUUUAGAUAAAACAUACAAAGACCAGCUUUCAGAAAAUAUGUUUGAGAAUUUUAUAAAAAAAUUUAAAUAAAGAGUUUUAGAUGUAUUAAAUAAAAAUAGUAAUGAUGAAAACGAAAUUAAAUCUAAUAAAGAUUUAUAAUUAAUAUUAGGCAGAUAUAUUAUAAGAAAUUUAAUAGCAUAGAAAUAAUAACCUAAUACCACAGAAUAAAAUAUUUUUGAAUAUAUUAAUUACUUUCCUGAUUAAUAAUAUUUAGAUCCUCUAUUACUACCUGGAGAAGAUGAAGUUAAAUUUGAAGAUUUAGAAAUUAAACAUAAAUAUAUUUUUAAUUUAUAUGAAAGACUUUCUAAGGAUUUUAAAUAAUAAUUAGAUUUAAAAUAAAAAUAACUUUAAUCUUAAAAAUAAGAAAUAUCUAAAAAUAUUAAUAAUUAACAAAUGAAAAUAUUUGGUUUUGAAAUGGAAAAAAAGCAGCUUAAUGGUAAACUAAAUAAUAUAAAUGAACAUGUACCAUAAAAUAAUAAUGAUGGAUCAGAUGAUGAUGAUGAUGAUGAUGACGACAAUAAUAAUGAUGAUGCAGUGUGA